UCUUGAAUAAAAUCCCGUACCGAUCACUAGAAAACUGCAGUCUGUGGUUGACAACUGAUCCGGGCGGUUCUGCCGACGUUCUUUCUGUGGUAAACAAACACCGUUUCAAGUGCAAUCUUAUCGUAAUCUCAAACAUUUCGGUAAACAGCGCAAAAAUGGUUUCAGCACGUGCGUUGCAUUAUGUGUUCAAAAUCGGCAAUCGCGCUAAGAACAUCCACUUCUUCCGCGAAAUCUUGGGAAUGAAGGUGCUGCGUCACGAAGAAUUUACGCAAGGUUGCGAUGCGGCAUGUAAUGGUCCGUACGACAACCGGUGGAGCAAAACGAUGAUCGGAUAUGGACCGGAAUCGUCUCAUUUCGUAAUCGAGUUGACGUACAACUAUGGAGUGAAGGAGUACGCACUGGGAAACGAUUUUGUCGGCAUGACGAUCAAAUCAACGGACAUCAUCGAUCGUGCCGCGAAGCACGGAUACCCGGUGGAAAAGGUGACGGAUGGAAGCCACCAGGCAGUUCUCGUUUCGCCGGACGGGUACCGUGUGUUUGUCGUGGCGGAAACCCCAGCUGCUGGUACCGAUCCGGUGCAGCGUGUCGCUCUACACGUCACCGACAUCGUGAAAUCACGGCAAUACUGGGCAGAUACGCUCGCCAUGCCCCUAUUGGAUGCUGGAUCGACUAGCGACAAGCAGCUGGAUCUUUCGUUUAACAACGGAAAGUUCGCGCUGGAACUGUCGCAGCUCGAGCAGGGUAAGGCACUCGAUCGAGCCAAAGCGUAUGGACGAAUUGCGUUCGCGGUGCCGUAUGAUGAACAACCCAAAAUCGAUCAGAUGGUUCAGGCCGCUAACGGAACUAUCUUGACGCCACUCAUUUCCCUCGACACACCCGGAAAGGCAACGGUACGUGUGAUCAUUUUGGCCGAUCCGGACGGCCACGAGAUUUGCUUCGUCGAUGAGGAAGGCUUCUCUGCCCUUUCGGCACUGGAUCCGGAAAGUAACGAAGCGUUGGACAAGUACAUCGCUAAAGAUCCGUUCCAAGAGAAGUGAAAAUGUAUGAAAAAAAAGAAAACAUCACAUUCCGGCGGCCAGCUAGGGCCACUGCGAAUCAAGUAUAACUGACUUAAACGGUAGGCAUAGUGAAAAAACAAA